AUGGCCAUCAAAGUUGACUUGGAGAAAGAGUUCGACAGACUUCGCUGGGGCUUUAUUCAUGACACUCUGCUUACUUUCGGAUUUCUGCCAAAUCUGAUUCGCAUCAUUAUGCACUGCAUCACUACUUCAUCCUUCCAGCUCCAAUGGAAUGAUUCUCUCACUGCUUCCUUUCAUCCUGAGCGGGGCAUUCGACAGGGCGAUCCCCUUUCUCCCUAUCUAUUUGUCUUGGCAAUUGAGCGUUUGGGCCACUGCAUAUCUGAUCGUGUUAAUAAGCAAAUUUGGGAGGCUUUCCGCUUUUCCAAAGAUGGUUAUCACCUUUCUCACUUGUUUUUUGCAGAUGAUCUGAUCCUCUAUGCCAAAUCGGACAUCUUCGAUGCUGACACCAUCAAUUCGGCACUGGCAAAUUUCAGACACUACUCUGGCCAUCGAGUGAACAAAAGGAAGACCACCAUCUAUUUCUCGCCUAACACAAGCACUCAGCUGAAGGAAGUCAUCCGUGAUCGCCUGGGUUUCAAACAAGUAACAGAGCUUGGCAAGUACCUAGGUGUCCCAGUGCAUCAUGGAAGGAGCCGUCGUGCUGAUUAUGCUUUUAUUAUCGAGAAAAUGAGAGGCUUACUUGAACGUUGGGGCGUCUGCAAAGAAAUUGAAAAGCUCGUUCGCUGUUUUAUUUGGGGCUCUUCGGGUGCGCACUCUUCUUGCUCUUUGAUUAACCAGGAAACCAUUUGUCAACCUCUCAAUCGUGGAGGCUUGGGUAUUCGCCGCAUCCAUGAACAGAACCAAGCUCUUCUAAUGAAAGCGUGUUUCAAUUUAAUUGCUAAUCCGUCUGCCUACUUGAUUCAGCUCUUUCGCCAGAAAUAUAAGGUAACGAAGUUAUUUUCUCUUUUAAUCAGUCGAAAAAUUUGCUCUCUCUUAUGGCGCUUCCUUUCGAAUUUAUGGCCAUCUUUUCGAAAUACUAUUGCUUGGUCUAUUGGAAAUGGUGUUUUUAUUCAAGUUUGGGAUGAUAUUUGGAUUCCUAGCCUCGACACUCUUCGGAAUCACAUUCAGCCACCAAAUCAAGUCCUUCCCCAACGUAGCCUUGCCGGUCUUGUGAGGCAGGAUGGCAAAUGGAACUCGGACCUCCUUGGUUCCCUUCUAAAUCCAAACGCCUUCAAUCAUGUUCCUGGAGUUAUGCCCCCUCCAAAUGAUGGCAGUAUCCAUCGAUGUAUCUGGCGAUGGGAACUCAACACAUGUUCUCGAUUUCAUCCGCUUAUGAUACCAUUGCUGCCGCUUUAUGGCAUGAGACCUCUAAUGCAUGGAAUAUGA